UCCACUCCAAAUCGCACCGCCAAACCGUAUUGCCCACUGGACGAAGUCUGAGGAUUAGGGUUUCAAACUUUCUUACGUCUUUUCGUUCGAUUUGGGCGUUUCAUUCUAAAAUAUUUUCGGGAGGGAAAAAUCCCGAAUUGAAAAUCAAGUUCCCAAGGCCCCUCGCAUCUCAAAUUCUCCAAUCCAAUCGAUCAGUUAGAAGCAGAGCUCGAGUAGUUUCUGAAGUUGAGAUAUCUCUCUCUUCUAAGUCAUGAACACCACUGUGCAUAGAACUUCCAAUUCUGGGAGGCAGUCGUUGUUCUACCAAGAUUUAGCAUCUCCUGUUUCGACGCGCAGAGGGAAAUUUUCAACUCCAGGCCAGGCAGCUGCUGUUUCUGCUUUAUGGCGGGAGAAUUUUGGAAACUCAGAUCUACCCCCUCCUCCGGUUUUUACAUUGGAAGACCGUUCGGGCUCUGAUUUUUCUCCUGAAUCUGGGAUUCCUGAUUAUCCUGUUUCACCAGAAGUUAAAUCAGACCCGAUGACCCCUAUCCAAAGUCAUGACUUCUCUUCGCCGAUGAAAAGCAAGUCAAAUACCAGCACUUCACACACACCAAUUAGUGCCCAACAAAGCCGGCAGGCAUCAGCUGGCUUUAGUUGGUGGUCAACACCAAAAGGUGGUGGCAGCGAGCAGGAAGAUAAGGGAAAAAGUUCACCAGUUGAAGGUGUGAUUCAACCAGGUGCAUUAAUCACACUUCAAACCCCAAGGGAAGUUGCCAGACCGGAGGUGCAGAGGAAUUGCUUGCCUGCAGGAAAACUCAACGAGGAGGAAUGGGUUACUGUCUAUGGAUUCUCACCUGCUGAUACGAAUCUAGUUUUGAGGGAAUUUGAAAAGUGCGGUGAGAUCUUGAAACACGUUCCUGGUCCAAGAGAUGCUAACUGGAUGCACAUUCUUUAUAAGAACCGAUCUGGUGCCCACAAGGCUCUCAGCAAGAAUGGUAUUCAAAUCAAUGGGAUGCUAAUUGUUGGCGUGAAACCUGUGGAUCCAAUAGACCGGCAGACACUAGAUGAAAAGUUAAACAACCCAGGAUUCAUGGUUCUCCCACCGGUAUCUUCUCGAACCGCAGAACUCGCAACGAGAGGAGGGCCUGUGCGACCCUACAACUUCCAAAAUGGUAACAGUUAUGCACGGCAGUCAGGAGGUACCACCAUUGCUUCACCAUCCAAAUCAUUAGUGUCUAAGGUCAUGGAUUUGAUGUUUGGAGUCUAAGUUAGGUAGCUCCUUCUCCUGUGGGCGUAUAGAUUUUCCAUGGCAAGAAAUUCCUACAAAUUUGAGAGCUUACACACAUUGACUUGGCGUGAUAUAUGUUAGCCUGUUUCAUUCUAUGUUUUUCCUGUUUAAUUUUUAUUUUUAAGAAUGAUUCAAACAUAUUAAUGGAAUCUGAUAAGAAUGAUUCAAAUUACC